AUGCCCCCAGACAAGCCGUAUGUCCCCCCGACGUACUUCUCCAUUCCCUCUUCAGGCGGUUCCUCGGAGGAGUCGAGCAUCGAGUCUUCCUCCUACGUUUCACCCACGACGCCGAUGCCGCCACCUGAAGAGGAGAAGAAGCCUUCUCUACCGUCAGGGACGGACCCUCAUUCCUCUUACAACCCAACCAAGGGCAUGAGUCCCCCAACGGCGAACGUCAUUCCGCCGUCUAAUUACCCGCCAUUCCAGUCCCCAUACACCUACCACCCCCCACACCAUCAUUCCUAUCACCACCACCACCCACACCCCCAUCACAUGCCGCCAUAUUCCUUCACUCCGAUGACACCGGUAUACCACCACCCUUACUCGCAUCACCACUACCCACCGCCGUCCCGUUACCCCUACCCAUACGUGAUGGGGGACGCCAUGCACCACUCCCCCCCUCCAACCGCGCUCUACGUCGCGCCUCCUGCAGGAGUCUCAGAUGCAGAAUAA